CCUCUUUCUGAAUUCGCAGACAGCGUGGCGUCAGGCAUUUCAAACGGUAAAAAGAACCAGGCGAAAAAUAAAGUUUUAAAAGGCAAAAAUCGAGUGAUUUGUGUGAUUUAACUUGGGAAUAAUGCUUAAUGCACGUGACGUGGGUCCUAAGGACAACGAGGACCAGCAGUUGGACCACAAUUUCAAGCUGAUGGAGGAGCAUUUGGCCUCCAUGGUGAUAGGCAAUGAAAAUGAAGAUCCAAUUCAAGCCACUUGUCAGCACGAGGAUUCGAACGAAGAUGGUGCCACCUGCACAUCGGGUGUUUUAUUUGAAAUCCAGGAGAACUUCGGUAGACUCCGGCUAUGUGACGUGGCAGCACCACUCCUCGAAUUCCACGGUUUGGAUUGCUUGCAACAGCUUCAGAAGCGAUCGCGCCAGCUUGCAUUCGAAGGUUCUCCGGCCAAGAAGUCGCGAUCCGGAGACGCAGACUUUUUGUUGGUCACCGGGCCAAAGCAGAAGCAACUGCAGAAGGAAAAUGUGUGGAACCGACAGUGUAAAGACUCUGCGUCCGCGGAGCAGCCUACAACUAUUGAGAAACUGCGUAUGAUUGGUAUUCACGGCGAUUGCUUGGAGCACAACGCCACGCUUCGUUUGAUGAAUCUGUUCAGAUCCCUGCAUGAUCACCUGACCGCCGAUUUGGGCUUCUCGCGCCAAAACUCAAUGCCCUCGGACUAUCUGUUCGAUUUGCCGGUCAAGAGCAUGAUGCCAAAGAGCAUAAAUGUGCGCUACCAACUGCAGGUGCUGUGCACCAAAGUAGAGCGCUUCCUUGUCCAGCAGCGCCGCACCUUGGAGGCGAAUCGCCACUUCGAUUUCGAGAAGUAUGACGAGUGUGACAAGUUGCUUAAGGGUUCCGCAUCCUAUUUGGAGAACUUCAAACUGCUUCUAAAGCCCGAAAUGCGCAAUCGAAACGGAAACUCGGGGAGCAAUGCGGACAAGUUCCAUGCUCAGCGCAUGGAGAGAUUGCUGAUUGGUCUGCGCGAUUGGAUCAAGGCUGCGCAUCUCAGUGUGCACGUGUUUAACUGGGAAAUGGAUCUGGAGCACCGCUACUCGGGGGCCAUGACCGAAAGCCACAAGUCGUUGACCGAGCGGGCGAUCCUUUUGUCUGGUGCCGAGCUAAAGGCGGCCAAUGUGCGUGAUAUCAGUUUUGAGGAGCUGUUGAUCGCCAAGAGAUUUGACUUGGAAGGUCCGAUCUGUUGUGCCCAGGAGCAGCAUGAGUUCCUUACCGCUCUGAUCGCCAAUCCAGAGACCUAUUUCCCACCCAGUGUUGUCGCCAUUUGCGGGCCACAGACGCUUGGCGGAGUGAAUAUGCAGGAGCAGUCAGCGUCGGAGGCGGAGUUUGAGGAGAUCGAGGAAGUGCCAUCAUCGCCGCCUCGUCACACCAUACGUGUACCUCGCUUCAGAAGCUAAACUAAUGCUGUGGACACAGAGAAAAAAAAUGACAGCAAAUGGGCAAUUUAAAAAAGCUACUCUCAUGGUAAGCUAUAUUUUCUAUUAUGUAAGAUAAAUUUGUCCAUUAAUGCGGACUCCAUAUUUGUAUUCGUGAAUAUAAUCAAAAGCUUUUUAAAAAUAUUUGUCAAAU